AUGGAACGGCGGACGGCGGGGUGGGGCGGGUGGAAAACCUUCUCGAGGUUAUCCAUCAUCGUGGAGGACUACCACGAGCACCAACCUCCGACCUUUCUCUUCGACAAGAUUAAUGGAUUCGUGGAGGAGCUUGCGCAGCUGGACCGAGCCCGACACGAGCACGCUAACGUCGACCUGCCGAUGCAGAUAUUCCAAUUCAUCGACGAAGGCAAGAAUCCGGAUUUGUACGUACAAGAGUCGCUCUUGGAGCGGUGUCUGGAACGAAAUGAGCGAACGCGAGGCAAGUUGCACCUGCUGCAGCGACUGAAAGACGAGCUUGCCCUGGGAGCCGCUCAGCUGCCGGGAGACGAUAUGGAGGCCGAUCCCACAACCGAACACGCUACGUGA